CAGCUUUGAGACUCCCGGCACCGAUCAGACACUUUGAGCUCCAGGUGUAUGCGAGCACGCACCAUCAGGAAUACCUAAACCGGGCGGCCGCCUCUUAGGAGACAUACGGUAGCGCUUCCGCCCUCGCUCCCAGCUCGGGCCAGGGGGGGCGGAGGGUUGUGUCAUCACUCGGCGCCGGCCUGCCCCGCGACGCGCCGGCGGCUGGCGCAGCCUCUCGCUCGGCCGGCCUCCCCCUCCCUGCUUCCGCGCUCGGGUUCCGCCAUGGAAUCCAACAAGGAUGAAGCCGAGCGCUGUAUCAGCAUCGCCCUCAAGGCCAUCCAGAGCCAACAGCCCGACCGGGCUCUCCGCUUCCUGGAGAAGGCGCAGCGGCUGUACCCGACGCCGCGAGUUCGCGCCCUAAUAGAGUCCCUCAACCAGAAGUCACAGUCUGCCAGUGACCAGCCGCCAUCCACAGACACACCCCAUGCCACCCACAGGAAAGCAGGGAGCACCGAGGCCCCCUCGGCCAACGGCGAAGCCGGAGGAGGAGGAGAGGCCACCAAAGGCUACACUGCCGAGCAAGUAGCAGCUGUUAAAAGGGUCAAGCAGUGUAAAGAUUACUACGAGAUCUUGGGUGUGAGCAGGGGAGCCUCAGAGGAGGACCUGAAGAAGGCCUACCGCAAGCUGGCCCUCAAAUUCCACCCAGACAAGAACCACGCACCUGGUGCCACGGAAGCAUUCAAAGCCAUCGGCACCGCAUACGCGGUACUCAGCAACCCUGAGAAGAGGAAGCAGUACGACCAGUUCGGUGAUGACAAGAGCCAGGCAGCCCGGCACGGCCACGGGCACGGGGACUUCAACCGAGGCUUCGAGGCGGACAUCUCCCCUGAGGACCUCUUCAACAUGUUCUUUGGUGGUGGCUUCCCUUCUAGUAACGUCCACGUGUACAGCAAUGGCCGCAUGCGCUACACCUACCAGCAAAGGCAGGACCGCAGGGAGAACCAGGGUGACGGUGGCCUCGGGGUGUUUGUCCAGCUGAUGCCCAUCCUCAUCCUUAUCCUCGUGUCGGCUCUCAGCCAGCUCAUGGUCUCCAGUCCACCAUACAGCCUGAGUCCCAGACCGUCGGUGGGCCACGUGCACAAACGAGUCACAGACCACCUGGGGGUCACGUACUACGUGGCUGACAGCUUCACUGAAGAGUACACAGGUUCCAGCCUCAAAACAGUCGAACGGAAUGUGGAAGACGAUUAUAUAGCCAACCUCCGCAACAACUGCUGGAAGGAAAAGCAGCAGAAGGAAGGCUUGCUGUACCGGGCCCGCUACUUCGGCGACAGCAACAUGUACCACAAGGCACAGAAGAUGACCACCCCAAGCUGUAACCGGCUGUCAGAGACUAUGAAAUCCCUGGAGAACUUCUGGUGACACGCACUGAGCCAAGGUGACAGACUGUGUAUUUAAGGAAAGGCAUACAAAGCAAAACCAUUAAAGUGGAAUUGGAGGCCGAACGCUGCCCAGCUGCCCUCUCUCUCACCCAGUAACGCCGAAAGCUACAAGGACAGACCGGAGCCCUGCCUGCCGUGCCCGGGGCUGCCUUCCUCCCACCGGCGGCGCUGGCAGAGGCUCUGCACGUGCACCCUCCUAGGAGACUGAAACCAUAGCAACGGAAAGAAAAUGUAACCCCAGCAGCAUCUGUCCAGGGGAAGGGCUGAGGGGGCACCCAGUUGCUGGGGUCACCUCCCCAGGAAGCCGUCACCAGCCUCAUGCAGGCACCUCUUAGGCCAGGCCAAGGAGGUAGAGGAGGUGGGAACAGCGCUGUCCCUGAGUAACUUAUAGCUGUGUGUGUAUGUAUAUAUAUCUAUUUAUAUGUAAAUAGGCAUAUAUAAAGAUAUAUAUAUAUAUAUAUAUAUUCUACUUUUUAACUAUGCAGGGGUUUGCCUAGGUUGUUGAGCUGACUUCUUCCCUAUGUUAGAAAGGGCAGCCUGUUCAGGGCAAGGCAGCCUGGUCCUUCUACAGCUAAAUGUGGGCCAUGGUCAGUGACAUGAUGAACAUUAUAGGGGCUCUCCACGUCACCCCACCCUGGCCCCUUUUUGAAUGGCAAUAGUAAUCAUGGUAGUCUUAAAUCUAUAGGAAACGUAUCACGGUCACCAGGUGUAGGGCCAGGCUGGAGAGAGGCCAGGCUGGAGAAGGGACGGGUGCCCCUCAGGGCAGGAGCCAGGUCAGUAUUGAGACAGAGGGUGUAGGGGGAGGCUAGGCAGGACCUGCUGGCGAGAGACCAUCCCUUCAAGCCGCUGCCCCUGGUAGUCCCAGUGGGCUCAAUGGCCUGUGCCCAGUAGCCCUCCUCUCCCCCCGCCCUGCACAUGGGGCAGGACAGCGAGCCCUGGCAUGGACAGCAGCAGGUUCCUGGGCGGCCUUUCCCUGCCCCCAAGUCCCUCAGUGAGUUUUGCCUUAUAGGUGCCCCAGGGCCCAGCUCUAUCAUUGCCUAAAUCGUGCACCAAGGACUCCAGAAGUCUUUUCUCCUGGUCAGCCAGCUGGCACCCAGGAAUACAGGCACAGCCCCACUACUGAGGAGGAGUCACUGUCCUCGGGUGCCUCUGUCUACACCCCCAAGGACAGGGACAGGACUCCACCAGGCCAAAAGCGUGUCACCCUCUACUUCAGUGAGGCGCACUCAGUAUACCCCUGGCUGUCAGGAAGGAGGGUGGGUUAGGCAUUCCCAGAGUUUGCUGGGCCUCUUGAACUGCCCACAGCCCUCGAGUCCUUGUGUGGCAGCAGCAGUGGCGAUGGGCGCGUGACCAAACGCCAGCCUCCCAAAGCCUUACUUCCUAUGCCGCCAGCCAGAAGGGCAGCCCUCUGUGCCCAUGGUUUCUCUUGGCUCUCAUCUGCUCAUCCUGUGCCCAACCAACAGGAUGCUUACUGGAAUAGGAAGUUGGGUAAGAAAACAUCAAACCUGGUUUUAUUUUUUAAAACAAGUGACGUAGCCACCCUGGCCCCGAGAGACCCUAAGAACUGGACAUGGGCUAGAGCGCUCCACUGCCACGGCCCCAGUGUUCUGUCCCGCCUCCCCCACAGCUGCCUGGUCUCGGUAGAUGUCCCUAGCUGGCUGAGCCAUGUGCAAUAAGAACAUAGAUCCCAAAGGAUCCCCGACAAGCUGUAUUUCUUGAAUUAGAAUUCUGAAAUUGUACAUCUAUAAAUAUAUGUUUAUUAUGUGA